AUGAUUGAUCCCUACUUUACGAAAAUAUCAACACCGGCUACCAAUGUCAACAUUGACCAUCAGACAGCUAUUGACAUCACAAUUGACCAGCAGGGGGCUAUUCAGUCAGCCAGCACUGCCAAUGGAGGAGAAAGCAAUGGAUCUUGUAUUUUUGUUAAGCAAUUAAUGGAAAGGGUAGCUCGGCAGAGAGCAGAAAUCAUCAGAAAUAGACAGCAAAGAACUCUUCAAUCCUCCAGGACUACCAGUGGAGCUGAAAGCAAACCUCUAAUUAUCCAUGGCCUGUUGAUUCUUGCCAAGCUUGCAGUUAACCCGGACAACUGCAAGCACAUAUAUGAUUACAAGGGUCUCUUCUCCAAAAUCAUAUCCCCAGUAAAAAAUAAAGUGUAUGAGAUCCUCAGAGAUGAUGGUAUCACCAUGGAAAUAACUGAGAAGGCACUGGAAGUGGUGAGCAUGCUUGUCAGUGGCACAGAUGAAACCAAUGAAAAGAUACGCCAAGAUAUUUGUAGCAACGGGAUAGUAGCGCACAAUAUUUGCUCAAUCUUGGAAAAGGACCACAUGUACGACAAGCUAAAGGUUCCAGCAACAAAGAUCCUUACGGAGCUAUCUUUGGAUACGUCCACUCGAGCUACCCUUGGACUUGAUGGCGUAGCUGAUUUCAUUAACGACUUGAUGGACAUCUUCUUUGAUGCUGCUAAUGAGAGUGAAGGACUCAAGAAGACCGCAGGUGAAGCAUUAGCAGUACUGGCAAUGGACAAUGCCAAUUGUAUGACGAUCAUGAAUUUCAGCACAGAGACAAAUACUUCAGUUCAGCUUCUCACAGAUAUGAUUCCUGCGGUAAACCAUAGAUUAUAUCAAACUCCCAUAGCACAACUGCUGAUGCAACUUUGUGCAAAUUCUAAUCCUGCAGAAAGGGAGGAGCAUCUCGCAUCAGUCAAAACAAAUCUACAUGAGGUGCUCAAAGUUAUAUGCAAGGAGAAAAUGCAAAUCAGGUGGGUUCUCCACAGCACAACUUAGGCCAGCAACAAGCAGCAUACACAAAUCAGGCGGGUUCUCCCCAGCAUAACCUGGUCCAGCAACAAGCAGCAAAUGCAAAUGCAAAUCAGGUGGGUUCUCCCCAGCAUAACCCGGGCCAGCAACAAGCAGCAAAUAAUGCAAAUCAGGUGGGUUCUCCACAGCACAACUCAGGCCAGCAACAAGCAGCAAACGCAAAUCAGGCGGGUUCUCCCCAACAUAACCCAGGCCAGCAACAAGCAGCGAACGCAAAUCAGGUGGGUUCUCCACAGCACAACCUUGGGCAGCAACAAGCAGCAAAUGCAAAUCAGACGGGUUCUCCACAGCACAACCGGGGCCGCCCCCCAUUUUCUCGGGCACUUUAUCGCUUGAACAGUUUUCUCGGGGCUCACCACUCUCACGCUGCUAACAGAAACAAUCCUAGUGACAAUUUGCCGGCUGUUGCUCAGCUCGAAGGUGCUAAAAGAAAAUCCCUGGCAGCCUUCUUAGGCCUUACAUUGGAGAUAUGUGACAAACUGGAGAUCAGUCCAGAUGAUUUUGAUAAUGCACUUGCGCUCGUUCCUCUUUCCAUGGAUGACUUUAUGGAUAAACUGAAUCAUAUAAUAGAACAGUGCAAGGGCCACUCUUUUGAUAGCUUGGAAGGGAAGGGUCCCUCACUUGAGUAUCUGAUAAUAAUCAAGACAGUGACAAAGUUAUGUACAUGGAUGAUGCAACGCAAGCCAGACUGCAUCAGAGUAUUCCAGAACAAGAACACUAGCACAAAAUUGCAAGGUGCCUUGGAGGAUAUGAGAGACCUGGAACUAGGUAUGCUCCUUACCGGCAGUGCAAGGGACAUGGCUAAUUACCAAACCCUUUCAACCAUCGUGGGUGUUGCACGGCAGAUGAUGGAUGCUAAUGUGCAAGUUUAAAUAGGAAGGGGUGGAUAAGUAGUAGUACAAGUGUGCUGUUUUCUUUCGGUGUCUAUUUUUCAGAGAAUUGUUUUCUCCAUGUGUCUCCGCACGUGUCAAGAAUCAAGAUAGCUGCUUGAUUUUAUAUCUUCCCAGUUUACAAUCUGCUUGAUUUUCCGUGGAUUAAUUGUGCUUGCCUUUUGCUGUGUUUGUCAAAUAGCCUUUGUAUGACCGUUAUUCGCAUUGUGGUACCGAACUUGUAAAACUAAUCAGAUUUGUGUUGUA